AUGGUCCACUGCGCCGGCUGCGAGCGGCCUAUCCUGGACCGGUUCCUGCUCAACGUGCUGGACCGAGCCUGGCACGUCAAGUGUGUUCAGUGCUGCGAGUGCAAAUGCAACCUGACCGAGAAAUGCUUCUCCAGGGAGGGAAGGCUCUACUGCAAAAACGACUUCUUCAGGAGGUUCGGCACCAAAUGCGGCGGCUGCGCGCAGGGAAUCUCCCCCAGCGACCUGGUGCGCAGAGCGCGCAGCAAAGUCUUCCACCUGAACUGCUUCACCUGCAUGAUGUGCAACAAGCAGCUUUCCACCGGAGAGGAGCUCUACAUCAUAGACGAAAACAAGUUCGUUUGCAAGGACGAUUACCUCACCAACAUGAGCGUGAAAGACACCAACCUCCUGUCAGUCACCGCAUGCAGCGACCCCAGCCUGUCCCCGGACUCCCAGGACCCGCUCCAGGAUGACGUGGUCCUGAAGGACACAGAGAUGGCCGCCCUGUCCGACAAGGAGACGGUCAACAACGAGAACGAUGACCAGAACCUGGGCGGGAAGCGGCGGGGGCCCCGCACCACCAUCAAGGCCAAGCAGCUGGAGACCCUGAAGGCUGCGUUCGCUGCCACCCCGAAACCCACGCGGCACAUCCGGGAGCAGCUGGCCCAGGAGACCGGCCUCAACAUGCGGGUGAUUCAGGUCUGGUUCCAGAACCGUCGGUCCAAAGAGAGGCGCAUGAAGCAGCUGAGCGCGCUGGGCGCGCGGCGGCACGCCUUCUUCCGCAGCCCGAGGCGGAUGAGGACGUUAGUGGACCGGCUGGAGCCCGGAGAGCUGCUCCCCAACGGACCCUUCUCCUACUAUGGAGAUUAUCAAAGCGAGUACUACGGCCCCGGAGGGAACUAUGACUUCUUCCCUCAGGGCGCUCCGUCAUCGCAGGCCCAGACGCCGGUGGACCUCCCCUUCGUGCCCUCCUCGGGCCCCACAGGGACCCCUCUGGGGGGCAUGGACCACCCGCUGCCCGGCCAUCACCCGUCCACCGACGUUCAACGCUUCUCUGAUAUCAUGUCUCACCACCCGGGGGACUCUCCCAGCCCGGAGCCUGGAAUCCCGGGGCCCUUGCACAGCAUCUCCUCUGAGGUGUUUGGCCCCAGUCCACCCUUUACCUCACUAUCGCUGAACGGCAGCGGAUACAACAACCACCUGUCCCACCCGCCCUCAGAAAUGAACGAGGGGACGGUGUGGUAGCUGUCGGGCAUGGGGGACCCAUCUACAGCCACGGAGGACGGCAGGACGAGGUGUUGAUGUGGCCGGGGGGCCCCAGAGGGCCCCAGAGGGGGCCAGAGGGGACAGGGCGACUUCAUAGACUGCUGUUUUUAUAUCUAUAUUUAUUUAUUUAUGUUGGCAUCUUUGCUUUUCUUCAAAUUCUUUUCUCUUCAAACCUGAUCAGGCAUACAAACUGUGCUAAAGCGUUGUGUUCAGUAUUGUACGUGUCGGUGGUUUAAUAGCUUCUUUUAAUCCCUCGCUCAUCCUGGCUGCUAAAGAAAAAAGAGCCCCCCCCCCCCCCUCCCCGUCAUGCUUUAUCUCCAGCGUUGGACGCCAUGUUGCCCCUGCUGCUUCCUGUCAGCGGCCCCUUACAGCCGGACCCCUUCCUGUCCACCAAGCUGAAGCAGACAUGUGGGACCGUGGAAGAGAGAACGGCGGGUUUGGGCCGACCCGGCUGAGUGGCGCUCUCACCUCUGGGCCUUCUGAGGCUCCGCCAUGCCGACGCUCAGCCGUUCCCGAAGGCCGAGGAAACGGCCCUUUUUAUUUGAUUUUACAGAUUCCACCAAAUGUGAGGACUUCUGCCUUCGACAUGCAGUAAAACCAGUUCAACGACCCAGUGGACUCUAAGCCCUUUAUUUCAGAUGGAGAUGAACUUGAACUGUUGAACAGAAAUCUACCUUCGAAAAACUCUCUACUGGGUUCUAAAGAGGACUUUGAACAGUCGACUGUUUACGUAAUCUAAGAAAUUCAGGAGUCCUGAAGUCUCGACAGCGUGUUUUAGAACCUCUUGAUCGAUAUAAAAUGUUCCAAGCAACCAACCAAACUUUUGUAUUGAUUUCAUUUAUAUUGUAUGGAGAUAAAAAUCCAUUUUCUGGGGUUGUGCUUCACUGUGCUAGUUUGUACGAGAUGUUGUUUACAGAAAAAGAAAAACUACAAUAAAAACUAAAGAAAAGUAGACAUUUGCCAAAUUUUAAAUGACAGCUCAGACGCUGCUGCAGCGCUUAAAGGAGGAAUUGACUGAAUUAUUUUAGUCUACUUUCAUCAAAGUGUUACUAUAAACAUACUUAGGUUUAUUUUUUGUGUCAUCAAAGAUGAAAAUUCAAACUAUGAAAAACUGGAUGGUCGGUCUGGUGGCUCUCAGCUGGAGCAUCGAGUCUUCAUCACAUGUCUUUAAUGUUUGAAUAAAGCUAAGCUGAUGUGA